UCCAUAAUACAAGACUACAAUGGCUUCCCUCCUCUCUUCUGCUUUCUUCCUCCUCUUUCUGUUCUUUCACUUCUUCUCUGCAACUUGCUCUGAGUUCCUCGUCGGUGAUGAACAUGGGUGGGCUGUCCCUCAGCAUAAACACGCUGAUAGAUACAAUAAAUGGGCCUCCCAUAACAGAUUCAACGUUGAUGACGCCCUCCAUUUCAAGUUCGAGAAAGAUUCAGUGAUGGAGGUGACAGAGGAAGAGUACAAGCAAUGCCUUUCUUCGAAGCCUCUGUUGUACAACAACAAUGGCGACGCAGUGGUGAGACUCGAGAGAGCAGGGCUGUUCUAUUUCAUAAGUGGAGUUUCAGGGCACUGUGAGAAAGGGCAGAGGAUGAUAAUCAAAGUGUUGGAACCGCUCAGCCCUCCGCAGCCACCCACUGCUCCGCCCCAAAACAACACUACCCCACUCUCUGUUUCAUCUCCAAUGCUUGCACUUUUCUUCACGUUCUUUGUUUCCUUUCUGUUCAUUUGAAUCGUUUGUGAUGAAUUCCGUGUUGGGUCUCUUUUAGAAUCAACUCUUUGUUUUAUCUUUUUCUUUGGAUCAGAUUGUGUCAUUGAUUUAUAGUUGCAUAACUUUUUUCCAUCGUUAUGAAUGGAUUGCUGACUUCUGGUUUGGUUU